AUGGAGACGAUAGAGCAACAAAGACACUCACUCUCUUCUUUGCCUAUGCUCUCUAGGCUUGAUCACUUAGAUUUCGUUAUCAAGAACCUAGAAAGACAACAAAACCUUCCAAAAUGGAAAGACGACAAUGCGUCUACUACCACACGUGGAUUGAUCGAUAGAGGCACUGCGAUUAGAGAAGCUUAUUUCAAAGGAUCGUUACUAGAUCGGAUCGCGGCUCUAGAGACCAGACUUUUUCAGAUAUGUUUGGAGUUGGAAUCGAGCAGUGCAUCUUCUACCUCAACUGGAGGGUCCGGUGAAACAUCAAGCCAAGGGAUUAAGAGAGAUUUGACAAAGACAUUACCAAAUUUCACUAGCAACAUUAAUCCUUUUCACAUUCCCUUACAACAUCCACAAGACCCUCGGGAAAUGGAAGAGAAGAUUGAAGAAGAGAAAGAAGAAGAGAUAAAUAUAGAGAAACCAUUAUUGGAGAAGAAAAAGAAGAAGAAGGAUGUUACUGAAACUUGCAAACCAAAAAAGAAGAAGACAAAAUCUCCCAAGAAAUGGUCUCGCUUUAGCCUAUUGGGCUGUUAA